AUGGAAAAGACCAAAACCAAGCAAGGAGAUAAUGAACAUAAGCCAAUGAAUAAUCCUUCUGCACAGAUUUACCAGUUGCAGGCUCUAGCCUCUGAACUCAAAACUGGCUUCACAGAAGCAAUGCAAGAAUUGUCAAGAAUUCAACAUGGAGAAUAUGCUUUGGAAGAGAAGGUUAAGAGCUGCAGAUGUUCCAUGGAAGAGAAAGUUACUGAGAUGAAGAAUUCAUUGAACUAUUUUAAGGAAGAGCUGAGCAAUGCCAUGUCAAUGAUCCAGGCCAUCACUUCCAAACAAGAAGAAAUGCAACAGAAAAUUGAACAGCUUCAACAGGAGAAGCGAAGAGAAUCUCGAAAAGUUAAAGCCAAGAAAACUCAGAAAGAAGAACAUGGAUCACAGGCUGGACCUGCUCAAGCACAAGGAAGUCCUUUCCGUUCCAUCAACAUCCCUGAGCCUGUUCUUCCAAGUGAAGACUUUACAAACCUUUUGCCUUCUCAGGCCUAUGAAAAAGCGCAAGAGACCAGAUCCAUGCACGUAGGAGACAGCAAUGUGAAGGGAAUAAUGGGUUCUGGAAUGACCCCAACUCCAGAAGCAGAAGAAAACCUUAAGCCUUGCCUCUCGGCUGAUAUCCAACCCAAGAGUCAUCUCCCACCUGGUGUGUGGAGGCAGCCUAAGGAUACUAAAGACUGGGGUGAAGAAUACGUCACAAAAGACCACCCAGAUAAACUCAAGGAAGUGGGCCAGGGCAGACAUAGCUCCUUGGAAAAUGUUUUAUGUGAAACUUCUUUAGCUGCUAAAAGACAGACUGUGGCUCUAGAACUGCUUGAAUCAGAAAGAAAAUAUGUCAUUAACAUCUCUCUGAUCCUGAAGAUCAAGGCAACAUUCCAGGGGUCAGAUGGAAAGAGGAAUUCUAAAGAGAGAAGCCUCUUCCCUGGCUCUUUACGGUACAUUGUCCAGCAGCACCUGGAUUUGCUUCAUGCUCUGCAGGAAAGGGUCUUGAAGUGGCCACGCCAAGGAGUCCUUGGAGAUUUAUUCCUUAAGUUAACAAAUGAUGAGAAUAAUUUUUUGGAUUAUUAUGUUGCUUACCUGAGGGACUUGCCUGAAUGCAUCUCUUUGGUUCAUGUGGUUGUUCUGAAGGAGGGUGAUGAAGAGAUUAAGUCUGACAUCUACACAUUGUUUUUUCACAUAGUCCAGCGCAUCCCUGAAUAUCUGAUACAUCUACAGAAUGUCCUGAAGUUUACAGAGCAGGAACACCCUGACUAUUACCUACUUCUGGUGUGUGUUCAGCGCCUGCGAGUAUUUAUCUCACACUACACCCUGCUGUUUCAGUGCAAUGAGGAUUUGCUUAUUCAGAAACGGAAAAAGCUCAAGAAGUCAUCCAUGGCGAAGCUGUACAAAGGGCUGGCUUCCCAGUGUGCAAACGCCGGGCAAGACGCUUCUCCCACUGCAGGCCCUGAGGCUGUCCGUGACAGUGGCAUCCACUCCGAAGAGAUGCUGCAACCCUACCCUUCCGCUCCCAGUUCCGGCCCUGCUGUCACACAUUUGAUGCCCCCAGUGAAGAAAAGCCAACAGCAGCAAAGCUUGAUGGAGAGCAUGCAGCCCGGGAAGCCCAGUGACUGGGAGAUGGAGGGCAGAAAGCACGAGAGGCCCGAAAGCCUCCUGGCGCCUGCGCAGUUCUGUGCCGCUGAGCAGGACGUGAAGGCGCUCGCCGGGCCCCUGCAGGCCAUCCCAGAGAUGGACUUCGAGCCGUCGCCGGCGGAGCAGCUGGGCAACGUGGAGCGCUCCCUGCGCGCCCCGGCCGAGCUCCUGCCCGACGCCCGCAGCUACGUGCCCGCGGCCUACGAGGAGUUUGAGUAUGGCGGCGAGAUCUUCGCGCUGCCCGCGCCCUACGACGAGGAGCCCUUCCAGGCUCCGGCCCUCUUCGAGAACUGCUCGCCCGCCUCUUCCGAGUCCAGUCUGGACAUCUGCUUCCUGCGGCCCGUCAGCUUCGCCAUGGAGGCCGAGCGGCCCGAGCACCCGCUGCAGCCGCUGCCCAAGAGCGCCACGUCACCGGCGGGCAGCAGCGGCGCCUACAAGCUGGAGGCGGCAGCGCAGGCGCACAAGGCCAAGCCGCUGAGCCGCUCGCUCAAGGAGUUCCCGCGCGCGCCGCCGCCCGAGGGCGUGGCCCCGCGCCUCUACAGCACGCGCAGCAGCAGCGGCGGCCGCGCGCCGCUCAAGGCCGAGCGCGCCGCGCAGGCGCACGGCCCAGCCGCCUCCGCUCGCGGCGCGCCGCGGACCUUCUUUCCCCAACAGAGGUCCCAAAGCGAAAAGCAGACCUAUUUGGAAGUAAGGAGGGAAAUGCAUUUAGAAGAUGCCACCAGAUUCUGUCCAAAGGAAGAAAGAGAAAGCGAACAAACAUCUUUCAGCGAUCAAAACCCCAGGCAAGACCAGAAAGGGGGCUUUCGCAGCUCCUUCCGCAAGCUCUUUAAAAAGAAGUCCAGUGGAUCAGAAUACAGGGAAAAAACUAAUGAGAAUCCCUCAAUGGAUCCUUCACCCACCAAACAAGAUUUCUUCAGAAACCGACUUGCUCUUGCAAAUGAGCUUGACCAAGGAACAGCUGUGUAA